AUGCCUAAAACCAGAGGACCCAAGUCUAACGCAAAUCGGCGUAACCGUGCCACCCGUCGCACUGAUCGACUUGCCCAUGUUCCUCCUCAUACUAUGAUCAAGUACGCUGCAAGCCCGGCAGAUCUGUCCAUCGAUCUAGAUUUCUGCACCCCUAGAUCAGUCGCCGGAGAGAAGGAGAUUUUCGAUGAACUUCUCGAAAUCAUUCCACAAUAUGCUGAUGAGACAAAUAUCAUUCAACUGAGAAUAGUUUUCAGCAAUGCACUUAAACGAUACCGAGGGAGUCAACCGUCGAGACAUUCUCGCUCGUGUCGUCGAAAUUAUCAUGGUUUUCCACACAUCAAGGAGAUACCUUUUCUAUUGAUAUCAAUCACUAUGACUGGAAACAAGUCAGCUCUGCGUCCGCAGUCUACGGCCUCAAGUUCCCUAGUUGGACUUUCGAUAUGA